AUGGUAGAUACACAACAUUUUUGUCUACGUUGGAACAACUAUCAGAGCAGUAUAACAUCGGCGUUCGAAAACCUCCGUGACGAUGAGGAUUUUGUAGAUGUUACGUUGGCAUGCGAUGGCAAGAGUUUGAAGGCUCAUCGGGUGGUUCUGUCAGCGUGUAGUCCAUAUUUUAGAGAAUUACUAAAGAGUACACCGUGUAAGCAUCCGGUAAUAGUCCUUCAAGAUGUUGCAUGGACGGAUCUCCACGCCUUGGUCGAAUUUAUAUAUCAUGGAGAAGUCAAUGUCCAUCAACGGUCUUUGUCGUCAUUCCUCAAAACUGCCGAAGUUCUCAGGGUUAGCGGCCUCACCCAGCAGCACGGUGAUGGCCGGGAUCAGUUGGCACAAGUACAAAGUAUGGUUAGAGGGCAUCAGCACCAAUCAACACCUAUCUCCAAUCACCAUCCAUCGUUUACAGACAAGCUAGUAGAAGAGAGUUUAUUCACAUCACCUUCCUCCCCGCCGCAUGGUGCCACCGUUAAUCAGUUGCUCAGGAGAGCGGCAAUGCAAUAUAGGAGAGAAAGGAGGAUAUCUUUAGAUCCCGAAGCUGAACACAAACGAGCGAGAUCAGACCACAUUAUCGGCAAUAACAAUAAUAAUAAUAACGAAUUAAACCUAUCGACGACGCAUUCGCAUCCCCCUCCCCAGACGCAACCGGCAGAUUUUUCACCUAGCGCUAUGAAGAACAACGUGCUCAACCUUAAUCUUAAUUCAAUAAAAAAUGAUAUAGAAGGUAACGGAAUAAGCAGUACAGACCGAGAGGCAUCGCCGUGCUCACCGUCCCCCACCCUCCUCCAUUCCCGCAUAAACAACAACGACAACGACAACAACAACAUCAAAAACGAGCCCAUGGAACUCCUAUGUACCACGAAUCAAGAGGACAACAGCAACGACUCCACCGACGUUACCAACGAUAACGGAGGCAUCGGAGGUCCUCAUGGUGGUCCACAUUCGGGCAGCUCGGGGGGCGGUGGGGACCAUGACGACCACGAUAGCGCCAUUAGUCCUUAUUUAACGCCGACGGAGAGCAAAUUAUUUGCGACGGCGGCGGGAAGUUUUAAUUUUAGUAUGGCUGCGUUGGCGGGAGAUCCGUCUAUGCUUGGAGGGUUAAAUCAGUCUCUACAGGGAAACGACAGCUUGGCGGGCACUUCACAAGGAGUUUACAAAAAAAUAUAG